AUGGGAUAUGAAGUGGACAAAGAUCUUCUGACUGCAUAUGCUGAUCAUUUGCUUUCCCAACUAGUAGAUACAACAGCCAGAGCAUCAAGUGCACCAAUCGGUACCCCCACCAGUGUAAAGACAAGCGUUGGAAAGGAGAAGACAACAGAGAAAGAGAAACCAGCACCUAUUAAAAAGGAGAAACCCAUAGAAACAAAAAAGGAGAAACCUUCAAAGAUUCAGUUCUGGAGAAAAGGUAAGAUUGUUGAACCACCUACUGCACCGGUUAAGACUAGUAAAAGGAAAAAGAAACAAGCACAGAAACUGGUAGAUGUGGAUGAAGAAGAGACUGAAUCCGAACGAGAAAAGAAAGCCCUAAGGACCAGUGGCAAAAGGUCAAAGGGUGUUGGUACUCCAGUUGUGAAAUCUCCAAAGAAACCGGUAAUCAAGCUCACACCUCUUGAAAAUUUAAUAAUAAACAUUAAAGAGUAUGGUAUAUUGACUAGUGUGAAGAAACUCUUUGAUAAGUUUAGUAAAGAUGAACAAAGGGAAAUAGAAGAUGCAAUUGUUUACAUGAUGAAUAAAUACAGCAAGGCCCUAAUUGAAUUGAAAGGGAAAAUUUCAAAUUCAUUGUAUAAUAUAAUUGAUGCUAGAUGGCAAGCAACCAUGAAACAAGAUAGAGAAUACAUUGAAUAUUUUCUAAAAAACUUGCAACAUGAAGCUACUCAGGAAGAGAUAGAUGAAAUUUUUGCUAAGGCAAAGUCAUCUUUUAGAUCAAAGAAAGGGCUGACAAGAAUGUUAAUUGGCGAGACCCAAUCAGUCCAUGAGGAGAUUGAACAAAUUUUUAAAAAGGUAUUGGGUCUGAUUCCAGAUGAAGAGGAAGAAGUUAAGGAAGAUGAACCGAAGAGGUUUAAGGUUGAAGAUCUUCCGAAAGGUGUUAAAAUAAUUGAGUUUAAGCCUAAUGAAAUUGUGUUGGAUGAUCAACCGAUGAACACACAAUCUGAACUUGAGGUUAUCCCUGAUGAUGAUGAUACUGGUAAUAAUGAUAAUGUUGGUGCUCCUGGAAAUGUAAAUGUACAGGAUAUUGAUGUUGAAAUGUCUAAGCAACAUGAAUAG